UCGAAUAUUGUUAUCGAUAGGCUAGUUAGUAUUUUGAGAAGUCCGAAUGUGGAAGGAUUUGUAAGCCCAUAUGUGUCUGGGCACAUUGUUAUUAGCCAUUGUAAAUUGCCGGGAAAAUUUAGCUUUUCAUUGUCGUGUAAAAGUUGGAGGACACACUGCGAAUAAAACGUGUUCUACUACCACGGAUUAGUCUGCCUUUUCUUUCGGGAACCAAUGCGUGGAGUAGCCGUUUAAGGCAACUCCAUUUGACGCACGACGACAAUCUUUUAUUCGCAGUCCUAGGGCGACUGCAGGGGCAACUUGCGCUGGAAUGACGGUUUAGACGGCCAGCUAUAGAGUUGCCGGAGCUGGAGUGACGGUUUAGACGGCCAGCCAGGAUUUGUGUGAACGCAGCCAGCGCUACGUACCGGCAGAGGAGUCGCAGCCAGCGACAGUGGCGUCGCAGUCAGCGACAUAGAGUGACGCAGCCAGCGUCGAACGCCGGUACGAACGAGUCGCAGCCAGCGACAAGGAGACGCAAGAAGCGUCAUUUGUGGAGACCGCAGCCAGCGGUCAGAAGGCGCAAGGAGCGCCAAGCAUCCGUGGCCGCAGCCAGCUGCACGAAGCGUCAGAGACGCCAUUUUGGACGCGCAGAGGCGCCGCCAUUUAGGAGCUGGGAAAGAUGCAGCAUUCCCCCAGGAGGAGUGCCCGGCUGAACGGAGGGGAAGCCACCCCUAUAACAACAGUGAGUCAGCAGCCAGCCAGUAGUGGAGCAGGAACUCGGACGCGGGUGAACACCACGCCGGCGUCGAUUCCUUGCCCGGCCACUACGGUGACUACAGUAGCUUCCCAACCUAGAAGUACUGCUGUCACAGCUGCGAGUUCAGUACCGGAGGUGAACCAGCCCCUCGUGUUGGAACUCAUGGAGAGGAUCGCAGCGUUGGAGAGGGAGCUGGAGAAGGCUAGAUCAAAGGAAAGUGUGAGCACCGCCAAUUGCGCGCCAAUCGCAGUUGGCCCAAGCGCAGUUGGCGCCAACAGUGGAGCGUCGGGGCGGCCGCCAUCUUGGAGCGGCCAGCCAAUACCCACAUCUAACGUAGAGGCCUUACAUAACGGGGUCGGGUCGGUGCCAUACAACGGUGACGGUGCGAGCGGUGCGGCCUGCACGCUGCCGCCAUCUUCGAGUGGACCGCCAUUGCUAACGACUAGCAACUAUUUUGUGGAGCCACUGUGUGCAACAGGCACUGCGCAGCCAGCGCAUGGACUCGUGCUACCGGGCGUGAGCAUCCACAAUGCGGCAACAGCAUCGCCACUUGUCGGAUCCUACGCCGCGACGACGCCGAGUGGAAUCCAGGGAGCAUAUGGGCCAAGGAAGCUUCCGGACUUGCCUAUAUUUGGAGGGCAGCCCGAGGAGUGGCCGAUCUUCAGCUGUGCGUUCGUGGAGACGACCCGAGCGUACAACUGCACGGACCUGGAGAACAACCAGAGGUUGUUGAAGGCGCUGAAGGAUGAAGCGCGCGAGGCAGUGAAGGCGCUACUGAUUCAUCCAGGGAAUGUCAGCGCCGUGAUGGAGCAGCUACGCUUUAGGUUCGGCCGACCGGAGCAGCUUAUACGCAGCCAGCUGAACAACGUGCGAGAGGUGCAGCCAAUCUCGGAGCACAAUUUGGCGAAGAUCAUUCCCUUCGCAACCCGAGUGAGUAACCUUGCGGCCUUCUUGCAGUCAGCGAAGGCGGAGCAAAACCUGGGGAACCCAACCCUCAUGGAGGAUCUUGUGGCCAAGCUGCCAACGAGCAAGCGAGUGGACUGGGCCAGGCAUGCUGCAACGAUUGCGCCCUUUCCCACUGUAGUCCACUUCAGCGCGUGGCUACAGGAGUACGCAAACGUGGUGUGCACGGUUUUGGACGUCGAGGGAAAGGAGCCGAGGCGUCGCAUAAUGAAUGCGAUCAACAGGAUGAUCGGCAUGGAGGUUGUCCCAUCUGUGGAGGACAGCAUGGAAUAUUGAGCUGCACAA